GACAACAGUGACAACGAUGACAACGAUGACAACGAUGACAACAGUGACAACGGUGACAACAGUGACAACGGUGACAACAGUGACAACGAUGACAACGGUGACAACGGUGAAAACAGUGACAACGGUGAAAACGGUAAGAACGCUGACAACGAUGACAAAGAUAACAACGGUGAGAACGAUGAAAACGGUGACAAUGAUAGCAACGAUGACAACGGUGACAACAAUGACAACGGUGACAACAGUGACAACAGCGACAACGAUGACAACCGUGGCAACAGUGACAACAGCGACAACGGUGACUACAGUGACAACGGUCACAACGAUGACAACGGUGACAACGGUGACAACACUAACAUCAAUGACAACAGUGACAACGGCGACAACGGUGACAAAAGGGACAACGAGGACAACGGUGACAACGGUGACAACAGUGACAACGGUGAAAACGGUAACAACGCUGACAACGAUGACAAAGAUGACAACUGUGACAACGGUGACCACAGUGACAACGAUGACAACGGUGACAACUGUGACAACGGUGACAACCGUGACAACAGUGACAACCGUGACAACAGUGACAACGGUGAAAACUGUGACAACGAUGACAAUGGUGACAACAGUGCCAACAGUGACAACGAUAACAACAGUUGCAAAAGUGACAACGAUGACAAUGGUGAAAACAGUGACAACGUUGACAACGGCAACAACGGUGAUAACAGUGACAACGGUGACAACGGAGACUACAGUGACAACGGUGACAACAGUGACAACAGUGAAAACGGUGACAACGGUGACAAAGGUGACAACGAUGACAACGGUGACAAUGGUGAUAACAGUGACAACGGUGACAACGGAGACUACAGUGACAACGGUGACAACAGUGACAACAGUGACAACGGUGACAACAGUGACAACGAUGACAAUAGUGACAACGGUGACAACAGUGACAACGAUGACAACGGUGACAACAGUGACAACAAUAACAACGGUGGCAAAGGUGACAGCAAUGACAACGAUGACAACAUUUACAACGGUGACAACGGUGACAACAGUGACAACAGUGUCAGUGAUGACAACGGUGACAACCAUGACAACGGUGACAACAGUGACAACAGUGACAACGGUGACAACGGUGACAACAGUGACAACGGUGACAACAUUGACUAUUGAGACAACGGUGACAACAGUGACAAAAGUGACAAAGGUGACAACGGUGACAACGGUGACAACAGUGACAACGGUGACAACAGUGACAACGGUGAAAACGGUAACAACGCUGACAACGGUGACAACAGUGACAACCGUGACACCGGUGACAACAGUGACAACGAUGACAACGGUGACAAACGUAACAACCGUGACAACCGUGACAACCUUUAAAACCGUGUCAACAGUGACAACAAUGACAACGGUGACAACUGUGACAACGAUGACAAUGGUGACAACAGUGCCAACAGUGACAACGAUAACAACAGUUGCAAGAGUGACAUAGAUGAGAAUGGUGAAAACAGUGACAACGUUGACAACGGCGACAACGGUGACAACAGUGACAACGGUGACAAUGGUGACAACAGGGACAAAGAUGACAAUGGUAAAAACGGUGACAACGAUGACAACGAUGGCAACGGUGACAACGAUGACAACGGUGACAACGAUAAAAAAGGUGGAAACGGUGAAAACAAUGACAACGAUGACAACGGUGACAACAGUGAGAACAGUGACAUCAAUGACAACGGUGACCACGCUGACAACAGUGACAACGAUGACAACGUUGACAAUGGCGACAACGGUGACAACAGUGACAACGGUGACGACGGUGACAAUGGUGACAACCGUGACAACUGUGACAACUGUGACAACGGUGAAAGGAGUGACAAGAGUGACAACGAUGACAAUGGUGACAACGAUGACGACGUUGACAACAGUGACAACGGUGACAACCAUGACAAGCUUGACAACUGUGACAACAGUGACAACGAUAACAACGGUGACAACGAUGACAAAGACGACAACGGUGACAACGAUGACAACCGUGACAACAGUAAUGACAGUGACAACUGUGACAACGGUGACAUCAGUGACAACGAUGACAACGGUGAGAAUGGUGACAACCGUGACAACUGUGACAACUGUGACAACGGUGACAACAGUGACAACGGUGAAAACGAUGACAACGAUGACGACGUUGCCAACAGUGACAACGAUGACAACCUUGACAACAGUGACAACAGUGACAACGAUAACAACGGUGACAACGAUGACAAAGACGACAACGGUGACAACGAUGACAACGUGACAACAGUGAUAACAGUGACAACUGUGACAACGGUGACAAUGGUGACAUCAGUGACAACGGUGACAACAGUGACAACGCUGCCAACGGUGACAACAGUGACAACCGUGACAACUGUAACAACGUUGACAACGGUGACAACAGUGACAACGAUGACAACGGUGACAACAGUGACAACAGUGACAACAGUGACAACAGUGACAACGAUGAGAACGCUGACACCGGUGACAACACUGACAUCAAUGACAACGGUGACAACGGCGACAACGGUGACAACAGUGACAACGGUGACAACGGUGACAACGGUGACAACAGUGACAACGGUGAAAACGGUAACAAUAGUGACAACCAUGACAACCAUAAAAACGGUGACAAACGUGACAACAGUGACAACGAUCACAACGGUGACAACAGUGACAACGAUGACAAUGGUGACAAACGUGACAACCAUGACAACUGUGACAACGGUGACCACAGUGACAAUGAUGACAACGGUGACAACUAUGACAAUGGUGACAACAGUGACAAUAGCGACAACGGUGACAACGGUGACAACGGUGAAAACAGUGACAACCGUGACAACGGUGACAACAGUGACAACGAUGACAACGGUGACACCAGUGACAACGAGGAAAACGGUGACAACGGUGACAACAGUGACAACGGUGAAAACGGUAACAACGCUGACAACGAUGACAAAGAUGACAACUGUGACAACGGUGACCACAGUGACAACGAUGACAACGGUGACAAUAGUGACAACGGUGACAACCGUGACAACAGUGACAACGGUGACAACUGUGACAACGAUGACAAUGGUGACAACAGUGCCAACAGUGACAACGAUAACAACAGUCGCAAAAGUGACAACGAUGACAAUGGUGAAAACAGUGACAAUGUUGACAACGGCAACAACGGUGAAAACAGUGACAACGGUGACAACCGAGACUACAGUGACAACGGUGACUACAGUGACAACAGUGACAACGGUGACAAAGGUGACAACGAUGACAACGGUGACAAUGGUGACAACCGUGACAACUGUGAAAACUGUGACAACGGUGACAAUAGUGACAACGAUGACAACAGUGACAACGGUGACAACAGUGACAACGAUGACAACGGUGACAACACUGACAACAAUGACAACAGCGACAACGGCGACAACGGUGAGAACAGUGACAACGAUGACAAGGGUGACAACAGUGACAACGAUGACAACGAUGACAACGGUGACAAACCUGACAACUGUGACAACAGUGACAACGAUGAAAACGGUGAAAACGCUGACAACGAUGACAAAGAUGACAACGGUGACAACGAUGGCAACGGUGACAACAGUGACAACAAUGACAACGGUGACAAAGGUUAAAACAGUGACAACAAUAACAACGGUGGCAAAGGAGACAGCAAUGACAACGAUGACAAGAGUGACAACGGUGACAACGAUGACAACAGUGACAACCACGACAAGUGUGACAACGGUGACAAAAGUGACAACAGUGACAACGCCGACAACGGUGACAACGGUGACAACACGACAACAGUGACAACGGUGACAACAGUGCCAACGGUGCCUAGUUACCGGUGACAACAGAGACAACAGCGACAACCAUGACAACAGUGACAACCAUUACAACAGUGACAACAGCGACAAUGAUGGCAACGGGGACAAAAGUGACAUCGAUGACAGGAAUGACAACGGUGACAACGAUGACAACAGUGACAACGAUGGCAACGGUAACAACGGGGACAACGGUGACAACCGUGACAACAGUGACAACAGUGACAACGGUGACAACGGUGACAACGGUGACAACAGUGACAACGGUGACAACAGUGACAACAGUGACAACCGUGACACCGGUGACAACAGUGACAACGAUGAAAACGGUAACAAACGUAACAACCGUGACAACCGAGACAACCGUGACAACCGUGACAACAGUGACAACAAUGACAACGGUGACAACUGUGACAACGAUGACAAUGGUGACAACAGUGCCAACAGUGACAACGAUAACAACAGUUGCAAGAGUGACAUAGAUGAGAAUGGUGAAAACAGUGACAACGUUGACAACGGUGACAACAGUGACAACGGUGACAAUGGAGACAACAGUGACAAAGAUGACAACGGUAAAAACGGUGACAACGAUGACAACGAUGGGAACGGUGACAACGGUGAGAACAAUGAAAAAGGUGGAAACGGUGACGACAGUGACAACAGUGACAACGAUGACAACGGUGACAACAGUGAGAACAGUGACAUCAAUGAACACGGUGACCACGCUGACAACAGUGACAACGAUGACAACGUUGACAAUGCUGACAACGGUGACAACAGUGACAACGGUGACGACGGUGACAAUGGUGACAACCGUGACAACUGUGACAACUGUGACAACGGUGAAAGGAGUGACAACAGUGACAACGAUAACAACGGUGACAACGAUGACAAAGACGACAAAGGUGACAACGAUGACAACCGUGACAACAGUAAUGACAGUGACAACUGUGACAACGGUGACAUCAGUGACAACGAUGACAACGGUGACAACGAUGACAACGGUGACAAUGGUGACAAUCGUGACAACUGUGACAACGGUGACAACAGUGACAACGGUGAAAACGAUGACAACGAUGACGACGUUGACAACAGUGACAACGCUGACAACCAUGACAACCUUGACAACUGUGACAACAGUGACAACGAUAACAACGGUGACAACGAUGACAAAGACGACAACGAUCACAACGUGACAACAGUGAUAACAGUGACGACUGUGACAACGGUGACAAUAGUGACAUCAGUGACAACGGUGACAACAGUGACAACCGUGACAACUGUGACAACGUUGACAACGGUGACAACAGUGACAACGAUGACAACGGUGACAACAGUGGCAAAAGUGACAACGGUGACAACAGAGACAACGAUGACAACGCUGACACCGGUGACAACACUGACAUCAAUGACAUCGGUGACAACGGCGACAACGGUGACAACAGUGACAACGAUGACAACGGUGACAACGGUGACAACAGUAACAACGCCGACAACGGUGACAACACGACAACAGUGACAACGGUGACAACAGAGCCAACGGUGCCUAGUUACCGGUGACAACAGAGACAACAGCGACAACCAUGACAACAGUGACAACCAUUACAACAGUGACAACAGCGACAAUGAUGGCAACGGGUACAAAAGUGACAUCGAUGACAGGAAUGACAACGGUGACAACGAUGACAACAGUGACAACGAUGGUAACGGUAACAACGGGGACAACGGUGACAACCGUGACAACAGUGACAACGGUGACAACGCUGACAACGGUGACAACAGUGACAACGGUGACAACCAUGACAAGCUGAACAACUGUGACAACAGUGACAACAGUGACAACGAUAACAACGGUGACAACGGUGACAACGAGGACAACGACGACAACGGUGACAAGGAUGACAACCGUGACAACUUUGACAACUGUGACAACGGUGACAACAAUGACAACAGUGACGACGAUGACAACGAUGACAACGGUGACAACAGUGACAACGAUGACAACGGUGACAACAAUGACAACGGUGACAACUGUGACAACGACAACAACAGUGACAACAGUGACAACAGUGACAACAGUGACAACGAUGAUAACGAUGACAACCGUGACAACGGUGACAACAGUGACAAAGGUGACAACAGUGACACCGGUGACGACAGUGACAACCAUGACAACAGUGAGAAACGUGACAUCCGUGAAAACUGCGAUAUCCGUGAGAACCGUGACAACGGAGACAACCCUGACAACGGUGACAACUGUGACAACGAUGACAUCAGUGACAAUGAUGAGAACAAUGACAACAGUGACAAAGGUGACAACGAUGACAACGGUGACAACAGUGACAACGGUGACAACUGUGAAAACUGUGAUAACUGUGACAAUGGUGACAACAGUGAACAGUGACAACGAUGACAACGGUGAAAACGGUGACAACGGUGACAACUGUGACAACGACGACAACAGUGACAACAGUGAUAACGGUGACAACAAUUUCAACGGUGACAAUAGUGACAACAGUGAGAACGGUGACAACGGUGGCAACAAUGAAAACAGUGACAACGAUGACAACGGAUACAACGGUGGCAACAGUAACAACAGUGACAACGGUGACAACAAUUACAAUGGUGACAACAGUGACAACAGUGACAACAAUGACAACGGUGACAACAGAGACAACUAUGACAACGGUGACAACAGUGUCACCAUGACAAUGGUGAUAAAGGUGACAACAGUGACAAUAAUGACAACGGUGACAACGGUGACAAACCUGAUAACUGUGACAACAGUGACAAAGAUGAAAACGGUGAAAACGCUGGCAACGAUGACAAAGAUGACAACGGUGACAACGAUGGCAACGGUGACAACAGUGACAACAAUGACAACGGUGACAAAGGUGAAAACAGUGACAACAAUAACAACGGUGGCAAAGGUGACAGCAAUGACAACGAUGACAACAGUGACAACGGUGACAACGGUGACAACGGUGACAACAGUGACAACAGUGUCAGUGAUGACAACGGUGACAACCAUGACAACUGUGACAACGGUGACAACAGUGACAACAGUGACAACGCCGACAACGGUGACAACGGUGACAACACGACAACAGUGACAACGGUGACAACAGUGCCAACGGUGCCUAGUUACCGGUGACAACAGAGACAACAGCGACAACCAUGACAACAGUGACAACCAUUACAACAGUGACAACAGCGACAAUGAUGGCAACGGGGACAAAAGUGACAUCGAUGACAGGAAUGACAACGGUGACAACGAUGACAACAGUGACAACGAUGGCAACGGUAACAACGAUGACAAGGAUGAAAACGACGACAACGGUGACAACGGUGACAACCGUGACAACAGUGACAACAGUGACAACGGUGACAACGCUGACAACGGUGACAACAGUGACAACGGUGACAACCAUGACAAGCUUGACAACUGUGACAACAGUGACAACAGUGACAACGAUAACAACGGUGACAACGAGGACAACGACGACAACGGUGACAAGGAUGACAACCGUGACAACUGUGACAACUGUGACAACAGUGACAAAAAUGACAACAGUGACGACGAUGACAACGAUGACAACGAUGACAACGGUGACAACAGUGACAACGAUGACAACGGUGACAACAAUGACAACGGUGACAACUGUGACAACGACAACAACAGUGACAACAGUGACAACGGUGACAACGAUGAUAACGAUGACAACCGUGACAACGGUGACAACAGUGACAAAGUUGACAACAGUGACACCAGUGACACCAGUGACAACAGUGACAACGAUGACAACAGUGACAAACGUGACAUCCGUGAAAACCGCGACAUCCGUGAGAACCGUGACAACGGAGACAACCGUGACAACGGUGACAACCGUGACAACGGUGACAACAGUGACAAUGAUGACAACAAUGACAACAGUGACAAAGGUGACAACGAUGACAACGGUGACAACAGUGACAACGGUGACAACUGUGAAAACUGUGACAACGGUGACAACAGUGAACAGUGACAACGAUGAAAACGGUGACAACUGUGACAACGACGACAACAGUGACAACAGUGACAACGGUGACAACAAUUUCAACGGUGACAAUAGUGACUACAGUGAGAACGGUGACAACGGUGGGAACAAUGAAAACAGUGACAACGAUGACAAGGGAUACAACGGUGGCAACAGUAACAACAGUGACAACGGUGACAACAAUUACAAUGGUGACAACAGUGACACCAUGACAAUGGUGACAAAGGUGACAACAGUGACAACAGUGACAACAGUGACAAAGGUGACAACGGUGACAACGGUUGUCAUCGCGGUCACUGUUGUCACGGUUGUCAUCGUUGUCACUGUUGCCUUUGUUGUCAGCGUUUUCACCGUUUUCAUUGUUGUCACUGUUGUCCCGUUGUCUUCCUUGUCAUCAUUGUCACUAUUGUCACUGUUGUCUUCGUAGUCAUCGUUGUCACUGUUGUCACCGUUGUCACCGUUGUUGUUCUCACUGUUGUCGCCGUUCUCACUGUUGUCACUGUUGUCACCGUUUUCACUGUUGUCACCGUGGUCACCACUGUAACCAUUGUCACCGUUGUCAUCGUUCUCACUGUUGUCACCGUUGUCACUGUUGUCACUAUUUUCAGCCUUCUCACCGUUGUCACCGUUGUCGUCGUGGUCACUGUUUUCACCGUUGUCACUCUUAUCACCGUUGUCACUGUUGUCGCCGUUGUCAUCGUUGUCACUGUUGUCACCGUUGUCACUGUUGUCACCGGUGACAAGAGUGAAAACAGUGAACGAUGGCAACGAUGACAACAGUGACAACAAGGACAACAGUGACAAAAAUGACAACGGUGACAAUGGUGACAGUGGUGCCAACGGUGACAACGGUGACAACAGUGAAAACGGCGCCAACAGUGACAACGAUAACAACGAAAUGAAAACGGUGAACACGCUGACAACAGUGACAACAGUGACAACGAUGACAACAGUGACAACGGUGACAAUGGUGACAACAGUGACAAUGAUGACAAUGGUGACAACAGUUACAAAAUUGAAAACGGUGACAACGCUGACAACGAGAACAACAAUGACAACGAUGACAACGGUGACAACGGUGACAACAGUGACAACACUGACAACGGUGACAACGGUGACAACGAUGACAACGGUGAGAACGGUGACAAUGGUGACAACGGUGACAACGGUGACAACGGUGACAACGGUGACAACAGUGACAACAUUGACAACGGUGACAACAGUGACAACGAUGACAACAGUGACGACGGUGACAACAGUGAUAACGGUGACAACAGUGACAACGAUGACAACGGUGAGGACGGUGACAACGGUGACAACCCUGAGAACAGUGACAGCGGUGACAACAGUGACAAC